AUGACCACGUCCGAAAUCCUUCGGGCCUACCGCCACCUCUACCGUAGCGGACUGCGAGCCACUCAUUACUCGUCUCCAGCACGCUUCGCGAUCCGCGAUAUUUUGAGGGAUUGUUUCCGCUCGCAGCCAUCCGCGACCUUCAGUGCUCGCCGGAUCGCAAACACGCUGAGGUUUUUGGAGAAGGCCGGCGAAUACAAUGGCACCGAGCACAAAAUUUUGAAGAACCUGCUGCGCAUAAAAUACUGGAAGAAUAUGGGACUCAAUAACCAUUUAGUCAGGAAAUCGAACAGCGCUUAUGGAACCGAGAUCCGACGUAACGUCUGGCGACAGUAUCAAGCUACUCUGACUAUGCUAAAUGAGAGCUUGGAUAUUUGCCUACAACUGGGAGCUGAAAAGUUUGAUGCUACGUGA